ACACGGCUGGAUAGCUGCAGUCACUCUGAGUGGUAUUCACUACCUAACACAUUGUUUUACAUUGUUGCAGCCUUAUUUAUUCAGAGAUGGGGCAAAAAUGGAAUGCAUACUCAUGUCAAUGUAGAUGUUUUCACUAGCAUUUAAGACUACUAAUAGUACUUGAUUUAAGUUAUUCUGGACAUGUAGCAGUAGUGCUCAGAUGAAGGUAUACUCAUGGCUAGUAGUGAUGUAUUGACACAGCUAUUAAAACUUCCUAAGAAAACAAAUGCACUAUAGAAAGAAAUGUGUUGAUACUCAAGUGUAAUACGAAUGAUGGUUUAUUUUCAAUUCUUUAUAAAAGAUUAAACAAUUGGAAUAUAACAAUUUGAAAUAUUAACUUUUUUAUUUUUGCCCCAUUUUUUAGUAAUUAAUUUCUCUCUUAUUUUUAUUUUAUGGAAACAUUCAAGGAUCCUCUAUAUGAAAAAAAAAGCCAUGCACAAUUUGAGAGUCAUUUGUGAUGAUUACUCUGUCAGCAUCCUAAAGUAUAAAGUAAGCUUUUUCCAUGUUCUUUGAAUUGAAACAGGAGAGAAUUUUCACUGAUGAGUGUAGUGCAUGUUUUGCACACCCCAUCAGAAUAUGAAAUUGAUGGCUGAGCUGUUCUGCUAGUUGUCUUACAAAAAUUUUGUGCUCAUUAUGCUACAAGCAGUUUAUUCUCAAUAAAUGUAAAGCUUUUCUUUAUUUAGAAGUUCAAGAAAUUUUAUGUGACUGUUGAACUUUCAGGGGAACCAAAAUAUUUAACUUACUCUUGAGAUUCAUUGUAGUGGCAGCAAUAGUGAUGGAAUUCAUUAAACAGUCAAUCCAAAAAUCCUAAAAGAAGUCAGGGAAUAUCUUUUCACCAAUACAGUGAAGUAUACACAUAAAUAUUCUGAGACAAGAAAUGUAAUGUAAGAAACCAGCAUAAUUCAACCUUCUUUGAUCUAAUAUUUGUUUGUCUUUAAUAUAAAAACACUGCAGUAGCCCUGUUGCAAUUGCAAUAUCCAUGGCCCUGCCUGUAUAAAAAUCCCCAACUUGGGUGGAAAAAUGUAGCACAGUUGUCAUAUUCAUUUCAGUUCCAGACAUCAAUGCAUUCAGUCACAAAUUUGUAAUGUUCAGAGUACAUACCAGCUCAUAUAGUGUCAAAAAGAAUCGGUGAUGAAACAAAACCAAAAGUUCUUAUUGAUGCUUAGGUGUGAGAGGGGGGCUGGUGAAGUUUCACUGAUAAAAGGAAAGACAUUGCUGAUAUCAGCAGUUUUGAUGAAUCUUCUUUAGGGCAGGAAUUUGCAAGCACAGGCACAAACUUGGGGUGACACUACUACCCAAUUAAAGUAGUAUGUGAUGGAGAUGACAGUCUGCGUUUGAUUAGUUACCACAGAAUGGGGCAGUAUGAAGCUACAGUACUGUAAUAAAUAAUCAUACUACAAUUACCAUAAAUACUCUACUACACAGAGCAAAUACCAGCAUAUUCACUUAAUAAAGAAUAUUCACCCAGCCCUCUUAGCAAUUGAAUAUGAUUUUUAGUGGCUUGGAGAUCAGCCAUCCAUAUUGAGUUUUUUGUGAUAUUUGUCAGUUGUUCCAGGCAAGUGCCGGGUAGUAUCAUAAAAUAGGUUGUGACUGUGACUGCUGCCUUCCACUUUUCCCAUUCAUGUUUAAGUAUUAUCGUAUAAUUAUUUAUAAUCUAUAUAGAUAAAGAAACAUUAAAUAAAUCUCUUAGUGCUGUAUGAACAUAUUCAAAGGCCACAAUAUUUUAGAGUAGCAAUGCAACCUGAAAUGUAGUGGAACAGUGCUUGUAAAUAAAACUUACAUCGGGUAACUGGCCUUGCAAGCAUGUGCCUGUUGCCCAGUGAAGUUUCAUGGCAGGCAGUGUUGAAUGAUGAUAUGUGAUAUCUUUAAAUUGCAGUGAGACUAUAGGUGGUAGAAACCUGCCGCACAGUUCUCUCCAGGAUAUCUGGUUGUCUUCAGUCUAAAGGUUGACAUGAAAGUCUCUAAGUUUCCAUCCCUAAAUGUUCUGAUAGAAUUGUGUGUACUGUAUGACAUGUACAGGAAAAGGAGGCUGUCUAUUUCAGUUAACUUUCCUUGUAAUUAUGAAUAGUAAAUUAUUACUAGAAAGGAGAAAUGCCUUUAAUAUUUUUAAUUUUGAUGUGAAGGUGCUUUCAGGUUGAUGAUCAUAAUGAUAUUUUCAAAAUGACGUUUUGGACUAGAACAUUAUUGAAUAUUAUGGCUUUGAAGUGUGGGAUCACACAUGUACCAGAAAGGACUAUCUAUACAUGUAUAGAGCCACAGGUGUAUUAUUUUCAAAAUGACCUUCAAAAGUUUUGAGUAUUCUUCUCCAUUAUAAUUUUCUGAAGUUGUUUUGUAUCAGAUUGUUAACAUUCUAUAUUUACUUUCUACCUUGAGUAUUUAAUUUCAGUACCCGAAGAUCUGAAGCAUUUGUUGUAAAGGACUAAUGAAGUAUCUCUCAGAGGAUCAUUAGGAGACUAUGUUAUCUUUUCUUUAUCGUGCAUUAGCUCUUUGUGAUAGUGUCUCAUGGUGACUGUGUUCAAGCAAAUGAAAGUCUGCAUAUAGUGUUGGGAUUGUGAUAUUAAAAGAAUUGUAAAAAAAAGUAACAGUGAGGUCAUAUGCAUCCAGGUGAAUAUGAUGUUUAACAUUUCCAGUAAUGUAGGAUGUUACUGAGCUACUGACUUUGUGUUUACUGCAUCAUAGUGCGUUUUGUGGUAGUUGAAUGGCACCUUUCCUAAGUGCUUUAUAUAGAACUUUCAUAUGAAGUGUAAGUAUGGAUGUUUCAACAGCCGUGGAAGAGAAGGAACUUCUUAGAUCUGUCCAUUAGUAUGAAUGUGGUUAGUUAAGUAUAGUUCCACUUGUUCAACACAUGGCUGUCAUGCUGUCCAGAGAGCUGUCAGCACUUCACUGUGGCUGGGAAGGUGAAUGCUUCUUCAUCCUGUAAGCGGUUCUUCAACCCGAUAUCUGCUUCAGAGUACAUGUAGAGAAAACGCUGGUGAUGGAAUGCUGCUGUAUUGCUGUGGAGAGACUCCUGCUGCAGAAAGACGUGCCAUUACCGACUCGUGAGGAUCAUGGUUGAUCUCACCUGCAGAUUCGUGGCACUGCAGUGGAUCUUCCCGUUGGCAACAGCAUUUCGUCGGUCUGUUUGCCGAGUUCCUGCAACAUAUUUCGAGCAUCUUCGCGUUGCAAUGACACCGUGUUCGGUUUUAUGGAGUCUGUGGUUCUUCGAAAACCACUGACUACAUUCGGAUUUGAAACACGCAUUUCAGACGAGUUGUUUUAUCAUAUCGUACCAGAAAUGGCUUCGAGGCUGUCCGGUUUCCGUGCUCUAGCAUCAUGCGACUACUGUAAACGCGGUUCGGUUCGUUUGGUAUUGCGAUGCCGGUUAUCGGGUGUCAUGGAGCUUUUCUUGAAUUGAAAUCCAAGCCCUUGAGAUAUGAGGAAUCUAGAAAUCGAGUUUGGCUUAUUCGGUUAAGGGCACUGUAUGUAAUCUGUUAUCAUCACGCUUUAGCUGCCUAAAUUGAAAUCUGAGUUCAAAUCCUGAGAGAGCAGUAUGUCCUCAUGGGAGAGCUCCUCUCGCCGACGCAAUCCACAGUCCAGUUCAUCACGACUUCGCAUGGAUUCAUACAGCUCUGCCAAUAGGUUGAGCCGAACCAGAGUAUCUCCUCCAAAGCGACGUGAACUGGACAAAGUAAUGAAGAAAGCACGGCGUGAUGGACCUAUGCAGAGCAGUUACUGGAACAAGAAGCUACUAGAAGUUGAAGAAAAGGACCCAAACAGAUGGCGACACAGUGGAUUCAAGGAGCUGUAUGGUGGUGGAGGUGGUAACUCAUCACCUCACGGUUCCCGUUCUAGCCAUAAGAGAUCUCGUAGCCGCUCACGUGGUGCAGUUCGUAGUAGCCGGAAUCGAGUGAGGUCCCCUCCACUUCCUGUGAGAACCCGAUCACGCUCCAGAGACCGAGACAGAGAAAGGGACAGAUCCAGGGACCGUGAUAGAGAUCGGGAUCGAAGACCACACACACCACAGCCACAAACUCAGAGGCCUCAGCCACAGCAACCAAGACGACGCACGCCCAAGAUGGCAUCACUAACACCUAGCUCUCGUUCACUGAGCUCAUGCUCUGAUGAGUCUUGUUCUGUAUGUUCGCCUAAAGGCAAUAGGAAAGUAGUUACUUCACCAGCACCUGUAGCGAGUAGGGCUAGACAACCAACUCCUCGGUCCAGGUCUCGAUCAUUUUCUGUGCCAAGAAAUCGUUCUAACAAUCGAUCGCCUCUUCCUCCAAGGAGUGGCUUAAGACGGCAGCGUGAAAGGUCUGGGCCUCCUAGUGAUCCAAGAGGCCCACCUCCAAGUCCACCUCCAGCAGCACGAAAGAGUCUCAAAAGCAAACGUAAAGAAAGUAGAGAUAAAAGUUCUAGUAAAAAGCGGAAGAGUGGAGGAAGCAAGUCAAGUCGCAGCAAACGACGCCGCUCUUUGCCAGUGGCAGAAGGAAGCACUAGUCGACGACGUAGUUCACCACCAGUUUCCUGUUCAGAUGAGAGUUCAACAUCGUCUGUGACAUCUGGAGGUGGUGUACCAAAACUCACAUUAUCAGAACGCUUUGGUAAGAUGGCACAGUGGUCUGUAGACCGAAGGGACUUGGAUGGGGUGAAGAAUAUGCGUAUUACAAAGGAUUCAGAUAGUUCUGACCUGAAGGUUGUUAUCGAAGGUGAACGGUACCCUAGAGCACUUAGUCCUAUGCCAGUUAAUGAUCGUCGUGUUGGAGCAGGUUAUUUUCCAGAGUCUCUUCAUUCUGGACCAAUAGGUUUGGAUGCAUGGGAUGAUGUCAGGGUUCGAUAUAAGUAUUACAAAGAUCGAGGUUAUCUUCGCGAUCUUACACUUGAUGAUUACAUGAAGUGGGAGGAGUGGUGGUACAAAUACCAGGAGUGGCUGGAAGCAGAGAGGUACUAUGAACACUGGGCAGCUGUGAGAGCUGAACAGGCUGCCCGAGGGGGAGGCAACAAGAUGUGGAAUGAUCAGGGCCUUAGGAAGCGCAGGAGACUGUAAAUAAGAAUGAAAUCACAUGUUUGCCAAGUUCUGCUUGAAUGCAUACACUUAUAAAUAUUUCCUCAUUGAUUGCAGUAUGAACCUAUUGAAGGGCUGGAUAUAUCCAGAUCUGAAUACACCAUAAGCAGACAAUGGGAAAUUCUGCUUUGUGUUUCAGCAUUUGUAUGAUUCCCAGAUCAUAUUUUUAUGUAGUGAGAUAUUACUGUGUGUGUGUGUGAUGUAACAGAUAUUGUUUCAAUAAAAUUUCAAUAAAAAACUUAAAUUUAAUUUGUGUUUCCCCUAUGAUUCCUUUUCUAACGGUAUCUGAAGUUAAAUGAUGACAUGCAGACUGUGUUUGAGAUUUAGAGACGUUAUGGAAGACUAUCUGUUUUUCUGUUCAUCAUUUGCUUGGCACACAUGUGAAAUAUGUUUUGUAUUAUGUGGGAGUUAAAAUUAGGUGGAAUCUCUGCUUGAGUCAUUGUCGCCCCUCUUUAUACCAGUGUUUUAUUAUGCGAAUAAGACUGCUGACUGAAUGUCUGAGAUACGUAUGUUGUGGAAGACAGGUGAAUGCACUGUGGAAUUCAGGCCCAAAGUCUGUUAGAUUUAUUUAUGGUCUAUUUAACAAUACUGUGAAUAGUGUAGACCGUAGCAUUAGAAACCUGUUUUCAGAUAAACACACCUGAUUGCUUUGUGUGGGAUCUGUAAGAAUUAUCUGAUAUUAAAAUUAUAAUAGAUUUGGUAUAAUUUUACUCCCUCCUAAGUAUCCUAGAAUAUUAAGACAUAAAAAUAGAAGAAUUGUAAUUCACUGGAUGACAUAUAAGCCACCAUAGAUUUAUUUUUGUCUAUUGGUAUUUCAUGUAGGCAGCUCAUUACAUUAUAAGUGCCAUGCUGUAGAGGUUUGUGGUUCAAGUUCUAUUUGAAUUUGUACAUUCUGUUUGAGGAAAGAGAUUUAUAUACAUACAGACAUGUUUGGUAGGGUUACCAUAUUAUUUAAAAUGAAUUUGCUGCACAGCAUUCUCCUUGGUGAAAAUUCUGAUUAGGUUUUAUAUUUGUGCAGAAGCACUGGUAUAUUGUAUUUACAUUGAUUUAAUACAGUAUCCUUCCACUUCACUCAGCUUUCUGAUAGUGAAAUUUAAGAUACCAUUCUAUCAUUGCUCAAGACCUUUAAUCUGUUCUACAAUGUUGUACCUCCACAUGCCCAAAGGUUUUUUUGCUUGUGAAGAUGAGGCCUGACUUUUGUUGGAGUACUUGAUGUCGUAAAUUAUUACAGCUAACAUUACGAAAGUAACUGAGACUUCAUGAUAUAUAUUUUCACAUUUUACUUGUAAUUUGUUAAUGAAAUAGUCUCAAAAUUUAGUAUCUGUCCUCAGAUAUUACGGUAUAUAAUGUCUCUUAUUUUAUCCCUGAAGAUACCAAAUGAAAGUCUCUGUUAUGUCACUGUUAGGAAUUUCCACUUUAUAGUAAAAUACAUUUAAACUUAUAAGGAAACAGAAGAAAAUGUUCUUUUUUCUGGCAUACAUUGCACAAAGACUAGAUUCAUCCAGAAUAACUGUCAGGAGAUGAACAGAUGAAAGUAGUUUAUAAAUAUGUGAGAUUUUAAGUUUUCAUGGCAUGAUGUGAAGAUUACCGUCUCCUGGGAUGUGAUAUGAUGUAGUCUGGUAGAUGUU